AUGGUGAAAGAAAAAUGUAAGAAAAAUGAAGAUGAGUUGGAAAGGAGAAGGAUUGCAAGAAGGGAAAAAUAUAAAAGAAUAAAAAGCGAUCCCGAAAAAUAUGCCGUUGAAAGGGCUAAAAAAAAGGAGGCUUACUUAAAAAGGAAAAGAGAGAAGAAAGUAAAAAAUAUCAACCAAAUGUCUCCAAGGGCACAAAGAGCACAAAGAAAGCGUUGGAGAGAAAAUUCGAAGCGAUACCUGGAGAAGAAAGCACAAGAACGGAAGAUACAAGAAGUAACCAUUUCCCAAGUGCUCGAAGCUCACAUAAAAAUAAAUGAUAAAGAGUUCUCCGAUCCUUUGUAUGAGGAAAAUGUAAAAAAAGAGAUAAAUAAAGAAAGUAAGAAAAGAACAUUCCAAAGUAAAAUUAAAGCCUUACAGUUAAAACAUGCAAUAGAAAAAAGAGAAAUGACCUUAUUAAUUAAGAAAUACCAAAAGCGCUGCAGAAUUUUGACAAAGAAAUUAAAUAAAAUAAAAGAAAAUCAGGCAUAUACUGUUUGGGAAGAAAACAUUGCAUUACCUACUCAAGUUCCUAUUCAUACACCUAGUAGCCCUGAUGCUGCCAAAGAAGCGACAACCGAACAAGGUAUUUUAAAGCCUUCUGGCAAUUUGAAACGUAGACCUAGUUUAGAGUUUCGUAAAAAGUGUUUUAAAGACAGAUUUCAGCAGAAGAUUAAGCAAGGCAAUGAUAGCAUCCAAGAAUUAAUCAAAAGUUUUUAUGAAGAUGACAUUAACAGCCGCAUUGGUGCAGGAAAGAAACAAUAUGUAAAAAAAUUUGGAAUAAUAAAACAAAAACGGUAUCUGCUGGAUUCUGUUAAAAAUUUGCAUAAAAAAUUUCUUGAAGAGAAUCCUAACAUACUGAUUAGUUAUGUAACAUUUACAAGACUACGUCCAUUUUGGGUCUAUUUGCCACGAGAUGACAGGGAAACAUGUGCAUGUAUGGCACAUACAAAUAUAGAUCUAAUGAUUUUAGCUUUAAAGAAAAAUAAAAUAGUUGACAUAAGGAAUUACCGGGAUAUGCUGCACGUUCUUUGUUGCGACAAAUACAAUAAAAAGUGCGUUGGCAGAGAUUGUAAAACUUGUAAAAACAGAGUUAUAUCGUACAAUGAAUUUAAUAAUACGGACGAAAUCGAGUACCAUGAAUGGUGCAGAGAUAAAAAAGAAAUUAAGCUCCAAAGAAAUAAAUAUAGUGAAAAAAUUUACAAGGAAAAUAAUGCCUAA